CAUUUGAACUGUCGGUCAGAUCGAAAUUAUCUAUUUAUGUAUGAAUGGUCUCGUUACAAAUAGUAUAAUAAUAAGUAACAAAUAAUAUUUGAAUUAACAGUUGGUGAUAGUAAAAGCAAUUCGAUUAAAUUUAGGAAGAUUUUUUAUAUUUCAGCUUCUACAUAAUCUAUAGGCAUAUAAGAACUAAGAAUAUAAUUUAUUUAUAAAACGAUAUUUCGAAAAUUUGGUAUUGAUUUAUGAAAGUGGUUUUUUAUUUUCCGCGUUAAUUAAAGAUGCCGAUUGUCCAAGAUUCAACAGGCGAUAAACAUAUAGAUAACUUUUGUGCAACUGUCGAAAGUUUAAAUCUAAAUACAACGGAAAUGAUAACGGAAUGCUUAAAAAAUAACUUAAAAAAUCCCGUGACUAUUCUAGACGAAUUAAAAGUGUGUGUAGAUUACGUCGAAUUGGGACAAACUCAAUCAAAGUAUGGUCCGAUAUAUACAACAUUAAUAACUGUUAAUGGUGUUGAAUUUAUUGGGGAAGGUUGGUCAAAGGUAAUUGCCAAAACGAAGGCCGCCGAAAAGGCAUUAACAGCGUUAGUAGGAUUUGUUGAAAGUUAUGAAUUUAAUAGACCUAACGGAAUUUCUGGGGGUAGGAAUGAAAUCAUCAAAGGGAUGCAAAGUAUGCAAUAUUCAAUAAGCGAUGAUAAUAUCGAUAUGUUUUCUGAAAUUGCGAGAAAUUUACAACCCCAUACAAAAGAAAUGAUAAGGGAAUGCUUAAAAAAUAACUUUAAAAAUCCCUUGAAUAUCCUAGACCAGUUAAAAGUGUCGAUCGAGUAUGGCGAAUUGGAACAAAUUGGAUCAAAAUAUGGUCCAUUAUAUAGAACAUGGGUAACCAUUAAUGGUGUUGAAUUUAUUGGGGAAGGUUGGUCAAAAAUAAUUGCCAAAACUAAAGCAGUCGAAAAGGCAUUAACAGCUUUGAUACAAUUCUCUGGAAAUGAUGAAUUUAAUAGAUCCAACGUAAUUUCUGGGGGUAGGAAUGAAAUCAUUAAAGAGAUGCAAAGUGUGCAACAUUCAAUAGACGAUGAUAUUAUCGAUAUGUUUUCCGAAACUGCGAGAAAUUUACAACCCCAUAUAAAAGAAAUGAUAAGAGAAUGCUUGAAAGAAAAUUUAAAAAAUCCAGUCUCUAUUCUAAACGAAUUAGAAGUGUUGGUAGAUUACGUCGAAUUGGAACAAUCUGAAUCAGAAUAUGGUCCAAUAUUUAGAACAUCAGUAUUUGUUAAUGGUGUUGAAUUUAUUGGCCAAAGUUGGUUACAAGUUAUUGCUAAAACUAAGGCAGCUGAAAAAGCAUUAACAGCUUUGGUACAAAUUGUUGAAAGUUAUGAAUUUAAUAGUCCCAACGGAAUUUCUAGGGGUGAGAAUGAAAUCAUUAAAGAGAUGCAAAGUGAGCAACAUUCAAUCGGUGUUGUUAAUUUCGAUAACUUUUCCGCAACUGCGAGAAAUUUACAACCCCAUGCAAAAGAAAUGAUAAGGGAAUGCUUAAAAAAUAACUUUAAAAACCCCGUGAAUAUUCUAGACGAAUUAAAAGUGUCGGUAGACUACGGCGAAUUGGAAGAAACUCGAUCAGAAUAUGGUUCAAUAUAUAGAACAUCAGUAGUCGUUAAUGGUGUUGAAUUUAUUGGGGAAGGUUGGUCAAAAAUAAUUGCCAAAACUAAAGCAGUCCAAAAGGCAUUAACAGCUUUGGUAGAAUCUUCUGAAAGUUAUGAAUGCAAUAGACCUGAUGGUAUUUCUGACGCUAGAAAUGGAACCUUCAAAGGGAACAGUUCCGGCACCACAGCAUACCCAGUAAUGAUUUUGAAUUAUCUUUACUCUGAAGAAGCGAAAUAUGAAUUGGAAGAAAACUCUAAACGAACAUUUGAUAGGUUCAAGUGCAUCGUUCGUCUUAAGGGACAAGAAUUUCACGGCACAGGAUCCAGUAAAAAAAAUGCGAAAUACGCCGCCGCCCUUGAAGCAUUAACGGCACUGCAGACAUUACAUCCAAGUUUGAUUCAGGCUUUAAGGAAGUGUAGUGCACCUCCAGAUAAACUGAUAUUCGCUGAUAGAGUUAGAAGAAUGAUUUACGACAAGUUAAGUGAUUUAGCACGAGAUAAUCCGAAUAUUUUGAAACGGAAAGUGUUAGCGGGUAUUGUAAUGACAAAAGACGAGUGUUUGCACGACUUAACUGUUAUUUGCGUGGCAACGGGUACUAAAUGCAUCAACGGGGGUAACAUUUGCCCAUUCGGGAAUGCACUUAACGAUAUGCAUGCCGAAAUAGUUACCAGAAGGUGUCUCCUUGAUUAUUUCUACGACCAGCUGGAGUUAACAUUGAUCAAAGGUGAACAACACAAUUCAAUUUUCGUCUGCGACGGUAAUGGUUGUAGAUUGAAAGAAGGUAUAAAAUUCCAUUUGUAUAUUAGCACAACCCCUUGCGGCGCCGCCAAUUUACCCUUUUCGCGGAAAGAUUCUGGAAAUAAUUCUAGCAUGCGGAUCCGCGCGAAAAUGGAAGCCGUUCAUGGAACAGUUCCUGUCGAUGGGAAUACGACAAUUCAAACUUGGGAUGGGGUAUUACUGGGUGCAAAAUUACUAAACAUGUCCUGUUCCGACAAAAUAGCCCGUUGGAACGUUUUGGGCUUGCAAGGAUCUCUGCUUUCUCGCCUGAUGGAUCCUGUUUAUCUCAGUUCUGUUAUCUUAGGACGUCCCAAUGUGGACGAGUGUCAAGUGCAGAGAGCACUCUUUGGUCGUAUAGAGCAGACUUUAGGAGACCUACCUAACCCAUAUCGUCAUAAUAAGUCAGAGCUUUAUUUGACUUCGUCUAGGGAUUCGCGUUGUACGGAUAACGCCCCGGAUUUUUGCGUUAAUUGGACCAUUGGGCGAGUCAGACAUGAGAUAAUAGACACGGCAACCGGAAGAACCAAGGAAGGUCCUUCGAGGUUGAGCAAAUACAAUCUUUUUCAAAGGUUUCUCAGAUUAGAAGAGUUCACGUCAUCGCAAAAUAUGCGAAAUGGAACGACAUAUUUGGAUAGUAAAUCCAAGGCCAGAAAGUACAACAAAGCGAAAAAUGAACUUUUUAGCGCUUUUGCUGAUGCCAAACUGGGUCAUUGGGUUAAAAAGCCACUAGAACAAGAUCAGUUUUAAUUAUAACAGAGACUUUUUUGCAU